AUGCGUGACGCAGCGGCACCGCGGCAGGUUGCCUGCCAGGGAUGCAGCACGGACACCAAAACAACCCUCCAAUGCCCGCUGUGUCAAGCAGAGGCAGUGACGGACCGCGGCUUCUUUUGCUCGCAGGAGUGCUUCGCCAAGCACUGGCUGGAGCACCGCAACACCCUCCACAAGAGCGGCGUGGUACAGGAGAAAAAGCGCCAGCCGGCUGCCGCCCCCGCAGGGGCAGUGGUGAAGGGUCGCAAGACGCAUGGUGGCAAGCGUGCCCGCACAGGCGGUGAAGCUGACAGCGGCACUGGUGCGGGCACGAGCGUCGAUAAGGACGCCUCCGCUGAGCGGCGCUUUGCCCCCUGGCCGCCACUGCCCAACGCGGCCGUGUGCAGGGAGAAGAAUUGGGCGCAGGUAACCCCGGAGUUGCCGCUUGACGUGCCCCGUGCAGUCGUGCGCCCUCGCGUGACGGAGGCGGCAAAGGGCGGCGGUGCCGAACAGCCGCCGCUGUGCUGCCUGUGGUCCGCGCUGCUGGCUGCCGCACAGUACGUGGCGUUCUCUGUGCAGCGCACGGCGGAGCCGUCGGGCAUGCAGGUGCUCGUCGUAGCGGGCGACGUGUAUAGCGCUCACGCCUUUGCGUGGGCAGCGCGGUGUGUGGGCCUCACCGGCAUGCUUCAACUUGCUGUCUCAGAGCCGCCGGCUGAAUCGAGCGCCACCGCCGCCAGCAGCAACGAUAACGCCACGGCUACGUCGCCCUCCGACUACUUCACGUCUCAGCGGCGUAUCGUCAUCGCCACAUCAGCGGUGGUGCGCGCCUCAGCACUGGCGCGAGCGUCCUCGUCGACGGCGGUGAGCGGCGCCGCGUCGCUGUGGCUGACUGGGGCGCCGUCGCACUCCCUGCUGGUUACCCUCCCCGACGUCGUGGACGCCGAGGAUCUGCAGGGUGUGCAGACCCGAGCCGUGUUUUUUGCAGGACUGGCCGACGCCACGAGCAAUGAGGCGGAGAAGGACGACGAGAACGACGAUGUGGUGUCGUACACCUACACCCCUGUCGAGGUGGUGUGCGAGGAUGGGCAACCGCUGUGCUGGACGCCAGUAGCGCUCUCCGCCCCUGGCUCCUCGACGCCAAUCAGCAGCGCCGCUGCAGGCGGAGACUCAGCAGCAGCGUCAGCGGCCACUCCACUGGGGCCGUCCGCGGCAGCCGCCCUGCGCUUGGACGAUGAAAUCUGUACGUGCUUCGUGAAUGGAGACAUGGCCGGCGCGCUGCAGCGACUCGUGCGGUACUUCCAGCAUCAGCCAGGGCUCCUAGAGUCGAACCUGUACUACACACUGUGCUGCAACUGGGGUGCCGCCAACCUCGCCCACGCGCAUCACCGCCUCGCGUACGUGGCUCGCUUCUUGUGUGACCACUCUAUGCGCUUCGAGGCACGCAAGAACGCCACCCUCGCCGACGCGGCCCUCCGUGCGAUAGCGGCCGUGUGCCGACUGCUGCCACGCAUGGCGGACGUCGAAGCGGAAGCAGCAGUAGCGGCGGCUGACGCAUCUGGCAAAGAGAGCCCCGAAGACGUCGCCGCAACAAACAAGCCGAAGAAGCGCAGGCUACAGAAGAGUGAGGCAGCAGUGGCGCCGGUGCCUGUCGCCACGGCGUCGCCGUACGCGCCAUCACUCGCCUCCACCACGCGCCCCAUACCGGCCGUCGCCAGCGGCGUCAGCUCACCCUCGGCGCAGGAGGUGGACCGCUAUGCGAACUACUACACUCACCUGCCCAACCUGCAGCUACAGGCGACGGUGUGCUAUCUAUACCCCAUCGCCUCUCCAGCUGUGCUCGACACCUUCGCCAUGGCGUGGGGACUGUACCGGUACCUCCCUGGCCCGAGCAGCCUCGACGGCGCCGAUCGCUCCCGCAGCGCGGCGGUACUCCGCGUCCGGAGGCGCUUUACCACGAAGCUCGACAGCGCCAACGGCGUCUUCUUCUCCAUUCUAAUGCACCUCGUGUACGACGCCGUCGGCCCGUACUCGCUCCCUGUAGACGAGGUGAGCCGCCGACUACAGUGGGACCUAACCCUCGCCCACGAUGCCGGGUCGCUGGAGGCGUACCUGCGCUGCUGUGGCCUCCUCGUGGCGGACGACGGCCUGCUGCUCCCCACCUCGAGCAAGCAGCGGGUGCGGAAGAUGAAGGAGAGAAGCCACGCUGCGUCGACGCCAGCGACACUGUCGAGUCGCCUCAAAGGGUCGCGCGAGACGACGCAGUCGCGAACGGAGAAGCUGCGCUGCUUCGCGGUCAAGUCGAUGGCCGGCACGGGCGGUACAGCAGCUGCGGCGGCGAGCGGGAAUUACGGCGUCAUUCAGCUCCCUUGGAAAAUGUUCCCCAUCACGGGUGAGCGGCAGCGACAGGUAGCCCGCCUGCACCAGGCUGCCGUGGAGGAGGUGCUGAUGGCCAUGCCGCGCAUUCCACGCCCAAUGUACAUUGGCGACGUUGGCAAUCUUAUCGGCAAGUGGCUGCACUUCAACUCACGCUUUGAUGGCACGCUCGGUGUGAGCCUUCAGGUCUUCCUUGAGCAGCACCCAGAGGCGUUCAGGGUACUCGACAACGUAGUCACGCGCCGCACGGCUGGCACGACGGAGCCGGUUCGCAUCCGCUUCGACGGCGACGACGAACACGACAACGGCGACAGCGACGAGGAUGCCGGCCGCUCCCGCAAGACGCGCGACCGGCAGUUGCUGACCGGGCAACGGCGCACCAAGGACGGAAAGAAUGGCUCCAUCGAGCUGCCUGCGCGGGCACGCAAGAAGCGCGCCAUCAAGGCGUUCAACAAGGAGCGGUUUAACCGCAACUACAAGUCGAUCGACCCCUCGGCGCGUGUGCCAGGCUACAUGAAGCAUGGCCCACGUCGCAUCAAGGGUCGUGGCAAGAAGGCGAACAAGCGCGUUACGAAGCGCGGCUCGUAG